AGCGGGGAGGGCCCCCAGGGCGCGGGGCGUUAGCGGAGGGUGCGUUAGGCUGCUGACGCCGCCAAGGUGGACGGGAAGCACGGCCGCUGCGCUGCCAGGGCGUCCCGGGCCGGUUCUGCACAGCUGCCGGGGAGGUGGAGACCCGACCUCCAGGCCCAUCCUUGUCCUGCUCUCUCCCCUCCGGCCCCGCGGCGGAUCACCGCCGGGCGCCUCCGGUUUAGGGGAAGGUGUGAAGAAAAAAAUGACACUUCAGUGGGCGGCUGUUGCGACUUUUCUUUACGCUGAAAUAGGACUCAUUUUAAUCUUCUGUCUACCUUUUAUUCCUCCUCAGAGAUGGCAGAAGAUUUUUUCAUUUAGCGUCUGGGGUAAAAUUGCAACUUUCUGGAACAAGGCUUUUCUUACUAUUAUAGUCCUAUUGAUUGUUCUAUUUCUAGAUGCUGUAAGAGAAGUAAGAAAGUAUUCCUCAGCUCAUGCCAUUGAAAGGAGCUCAGCCAGCAGACCUGCUGCCUAUGAACAUACACAAAUGAAACUCUUUAGGUCUCAAAGAAAUCUUUACAUUUCUGGAUUUUCAUUAUUUUUUUGGCUAGUGUUGAGACGCCUGGUUACCCUUAUUACUCAGCUGGCAAAAGAGUUAUCAAACAAAGGAGUACUUAAAAGUCAAGCAGAAAGUACCAACAAGGCUGCCAAAAAAUUCAUGGAAGAGAAUGAAAGACUAAAACGGCUUUUGAAAAACUAUGGCAAAGAAGAAGACCACAUUUUGGAAGAAGAAAAUAAAAAACUAGUCGAAGACAAGGAAAAACUGCAAACUGAAUUAAAGAAGGUUUCAGAUGCCCUUUCUAAGGCACAAAACGAUGUGAUGACAAUGAAGGUGCAAUCAGAGCGACUUUCAAAAGAGUACGACUUACUCCUGAAAGAACACUCAGAACUUCAGGAUCGUGCACGGAAAGGCAAUAAGAAAGGCCUGUGAACCUUAUGAAAGAAGAUUGUGAUACACCAUGUCAAGAUGACAAAUUUGUUAUCAUGUUAGCCUCUAGAAAAUUUAAAAUUCACUUCAGAAAAAUAUACCAGCCAGAAUUUUUUGUAAUGCUACAUAUAUAGGCUCUUAUCAUAAUGGCAUUAUCACAAUAUUUGAUGUUCCAGACAUAUUGUAAAGCCUGUCUUCCAGCUCUUAAGUAAAAUAUAAGCAUGUCAAACACCUUGUUUAGAUACUGAUAGUAACACUGGUAUAUGGUGGCUGUUUACCAAUAACAGGAAAAAUUCAUUAGCUAGUUAUUUCCAAAAUUAGAUUUUUAAGUGCAUGAAACCAUUAAAUAGCCUUGAAAGCUUCAGUGAAUUUCCAGUAAUAAUAAUUACUUAAUCAGAUGAUGAUGUAUUGGAAAAUAGUAUUCAAUAUCAGCAGAUUUGUUCAUAGGAAGAUUAAAUGAGGAUAAAUGAUUAGAAUUUAGCCACUAUAGUUAUCAGAAAGAGUUAGAAAGAGCAAAAAAUAAACACAGUGACCUUAAGUUGUUUUUUUUAAACGUGAUUGUACUAUAGUUUACUCUCAUAAGACAGCUAUAUUGAUAAUUAUAUUUUUGUUACUGUGCUUCUGCACUUGUUGGACUAUUUUUGUUGCAUUUGUGUUAAUAACACAUAAUUAGUAAGCAUUCUACUUCUUUAAAGUCCAUCUUGGAAUGGAGUUUACAUCUAUCUGCGUAACUGCCAUAGCACAAUUGGAAUUAUUUUGCAAGGUGAAAUUUUUGACUUAGAAAGUUAAUGUAUAACAUAUCCAAAAAGCAGUGUUGCCCAUUGCUGUGAGAGUUACUAAUUAUACAGACAUUACCUCAAACAUACAUACACUGGUGUCACAGUUUCUCUGAGAUGUUUCUGUAUUCUGAAAGCUAAAUAUGAAAUACUGUUUUUCCAUUCAGCUAUUCAUUUAGUUUCCUUUAAAAGAGGAUGAUUGUAAUAUUAAUGUUAUUUAGGUUGUUCCAGUGUUUAGACUUGAAAACCAUCUUCCUUGUCUCAUAAAAACCUAAAUAUAAAAGAAAAUAGAAGAUAAUUACUGGAGUUUUUACUUUCCUGAUAUUUUAUAUUUUGUUGUUUAUUAUCAUUUAGCAUGAACUUCAUGGCAUAUUUAAUUGUUUUCAUGGUAAAGUGUGUGAAAUGAGCAAGUCCAUAAGAAUUUCAUUUCAGAUAAAAGGAGUUACUAUAGAAAACAGACAUGUAGGAGACAUUUAGCAGAGUAAGAAAUGGGAGGUAGACCAUAUGGGCUGACAGCACCAGAAAUAACAAGGCAAGGGAACGCAGACAGAGGAGAAAAUUGAACAAGCAGCAAUUUAGAAAUAGCCAAGUGUGAGCUACCAGGGUGAGGAUGUAGAUACUGAGUGUUUGGGAUCCUGGCCUGGUGAACAGGAAUCAAAUGUGCUAACAGAAAAACAUACAGAAAAGUAGAAAAUGCACAGCUUUAGAAUUGGCAGAACGAAACUCUGAUCCUAGCCUCACCACUCAUAUAACCACAUGAUUUGAAGAUUCCACAAACUUGCUAGACUUUCAUUUUCUCGUCUCCAAAAGGGAAUCAUAACAUUUAUUUCAGGAUUACUCUAUAAACUAAGAGAACACAAUGAUUCUCAAAGUUAUUCAGACGAUACAGCCAGGAGAAAGUCUGGGCAACCUUUGAAGAGCCGAAAGAUUUGAAAAAGUCCCAGAAUGCACUUUAAAGUGUCCAUGUAAGUAUUCUUAGUCCUCAACCCGCAAUUUUACUGGUUUGCAAAGUGAAACCCCUAAAGUGUGCAGCUCUCCCAAGUUAACACGGAUAGUUAGAUCCAGGGUGGGGAUUCGAGUCUAGAAUUCAAGUGUCCUUGUUCCCCAGCUAUCACUCCAGUUUUUAUAUACAAAUUAGCUAUAAUUUGCCAAACAAAAUAUUGCCACACACUAGCCAAGGUAUGAACCAGAACGUUUGGCCCCUGAGUCUGUGUAUUUUGCAUCACACCAAAUGCGUCUCGGACUCUGCCUUUUGGUUCUUAGGACUCUCCUCGCCAGUGAUAGUGCUUAGCAAAUCCUAUCAUAAACACGUACUCCAUGGAUUUAGUUAGACUGUAUUCUGAGUUGUGUUCCUACUGUGAAUAAUGACUUCUAAUCUUAGGCUGUAUUAUAGAUUCAAACACAGUGUUAUUCUUGCCCUUCUCUGUCAGUUACUUGAGUUUUGUCAGAUUCUUCCUGCUUGCAAGUCUACCUUGAAAGUCCAGACUCCAAGAAGUCACACUUAUAAGUUCUAGCUGAGCAUCUAGAAUUUGCCCUUAUUCAUCCGCUUUGCUUGUCUGGCCCUAUCUUGGACCCCAGUACUGGUAACUAGAUUACCCAGAACCCCAAUCAGGAAACUGGAAUUUAACUGCUUCCUCGGACCUUCCAGCCACAGCCGCCUGGGUGCACCUACUCCUGUCAUCCUGCUCUGCCUCUGUGAGUUGGUCUGGCUCUGCAUUCCCACCCCCUCAUCCACAGCCUUCUCACUAUCCCUCCCAUCUGCAACCCACCACAGAGAAGAGCCAUGCCCAAUCCCACUGACGUGUGAUACACCUUGCAUUUGAGGACCCACUAUACAGCCUGCAAACAUCCGUCCUUUUAUACCUUGACCAAUAUCUAGAAUGGUUAUCUGAAAUCUGUGAAGCCCUUUGGGAUGUAUCCUUCAGCCUACCUUUCAUAGAAUUCUUGAAAUUCUACUAAUAAAAAAUAUUUCCUUUUUUCUA